CUGCUGUUGGUGGAUGAACGCGAAACAAAUAAUGGUGGAUCCGUGUAUUUUGUUAUUACUGAUUAUUACGUGUAUACGAUAAUGGCUAUUUGUAUAUCAGCGCGUAAAACAAGACGUUGGUUCUAUUUUCGAAGAUGCUCCAGAUGAGACGCGUCGUAAUUGCGAAACGACGCGUAUAACGUGGAACUGAACGUCAAGCCGAGACGUUUGUGUCAUAACGGAGUAAAUAGUGAUAUUACGUAUCUGCACGCGCCUACUUGCAUCCAUUCAUCUACCUAACCGAGAAUUCGUCGACGUUGCGUUAUCAUUCUUUCGUAUAUUCUUUCUCGCUGCAAAACGGGAAAAAAAUGAACCGCAGGUUCACCAAGAGACACAGACGAGCCAGGAGACACUUUUGAUAAUGUUUCCUACUUCCUCUUUAUAAUGUAAGAUAGAUUAACGCUGGUGGUCGUGCUGCACGUGCGUGUUAUUUGUGUGCCUGACGGAGAGUAUAUACCGAUUGUUAUUCAUCAUGGUGCAUAUACCGAGCGCGUACGCCUACAACUUCUGGUCGGAGAAGCCAGAGCCUGCAGUGGUGGAGAUUACGUUCCUCAUGCCAAAUGGUGUUGUUAUACCAGUAGAAAUCAAUCGCAAUAGCACUGUGACAGAGAUCAAAGAGGAACUCUGGGAAGAGGCUAGCAAAUAUCCUCUCCAUGGGACACUGAAAGAUGCACCAUCGUAUAUGUUCUCAUGCAUCAAUUCGAAUUCAGAGGUAGAAGAAUUGCGCGAUGAAACUAGACGUCUCUGUGAUAUAAGGCCCUUUUGUGCGAUAUUAAGAGUUAUAGAACGUGAAGGUAUAAAGAGUGAUAGGAAUUUAGACUCUCAAAUUGGCCUCCUGAUUGGCAAAGGCUUGCAUGAAUUCGCUGCCUUAAAGAAUUCUGAAGUCAAUGACUUCAGAUGGAAAAUGCGCCUCUUGGGAGACGAGGUGGCGUUAGAUAGACAAAAGAAAUCUUGGGUGGAGAAAGUACAGUAUCAGUUUCCAUCCAGGGUAGCACCUGUUCCUGCUGUGUCCAAGAAUAUCGAGAGUCGUUUAAAGGAUGGAAAUAUUGUCCUGGUGACGAUUAAAUUCGAGAAUUCUGAUACAGCGUUUACCUUUCAAAUACCACACACCACCACACCGUACCAAUUGCUCGGACUGAUCCUGAACAAAAGGGCGAAUACUCUUAAUACUCGCGGUGAACACCCCAACGACUUUACGCUUAAGGUUUGCGGACAAGAGGAAUACUUGAUCGGCGAACUUCCGCUUAUACAGUUUAGUUAUAUUCAAGAUUGUCUAGCGAAAGACAUCACACCUACGCUGGUUACGCUCAGCAUACAGAGCAUAGCCGUGGACCAAGAUAACGCCUUCGACAAUCCAGACGCGGACACGUUGCAGCGCACGAGACCGUCUUUUUCUACGCUUACGCUGCGCAAAAAGGGCAAGCAUAUCUCGGCGUGGAAAAUCGACGAUCCCUUCUUUUUUACUGUAAAUGGAAUUUCUCGGCUUAAUUGCGACGCCGCUCAUCGUACUGUAGAGAUUGGACUACAAGCCGGCCUUUUUCACGGUGGGAAAUCCCUCUGUGAGAGUAAAAAAACUAGAGAAAUCGUCGUGAGUCCCGACGGUAGUUGCGAAUGGGAGGAGGUUCUCAGAUUCGACAUUAAAGUACGAGACAUACCGCGUAUGGCACGGUUGUGCUUCGUGUUAUACGAAAUCAGCAAGACUGCAAAGGGUCUGAAAAGCAGAAAAUUAGUUAAGGAUUCGAAGCAAGAAUUCUUCAUCAAUCCUUUGUGCUGGGCAAACACGACGAUAUACGACUUCAAGUCCCAGUUGAAGACUGGCGCGAUGACAUUAUAUACGUGGACAUACGCGGAAGAUAUGCAAAAUGACGAUUUGUUGCAUCCACUCGGGACAGUGGUUUCCAAUCCUCACAUAGACAGAGCAGCUGCUCUCAUGUUGACGUUUCCAAAUUACGGAAAAGACAAGUGCGUCCUUUACCCUACACUGGAGAAAAUGGUCGAGUACGCCCGAAAGUUGCGGGAAUCGUCCAACGAACGCUCCAUUGUGGUGGAGGAAUUGAAUAAGGACGACGUCAGUCAACAACAAUUGGAACAAUUGAGAUUAUUGGCCGACAGAGAUCCGUUACAUGAGUUACACGAGCAGGAGAAGAAAAUCAUGUGGUCAUUGAGACAUCAUUGUCUCCGUGAGAUCCCGGCGCUUCUAGCUAAGCUGUUGCAGUGCGUAGAAUGGAACGAUCACAGAGAAGUCGCGGAGGCGAUGGCACUUAUACAGCAAUGGCCUACGUUGCCAGUAGAGAAGGCUCUGGAGUUGCUGGACUACGCUUACGCUGACCAAAACGUUAGAAAUUUUGCGGUUGGCUGCUUAUAUAACGUCACCGACGACGAUCUCAGUCUUUACUUACUGCAAUUGGCUCAAGCUUUGAAGCACGAGAGUUACUUGGCGUGCGAUCUGACGGAGUUUCUCCUAAGACGUGCACUCAAAAAUCAAAGGAUAGGACAUUAUCUAUUCUGGCAUCUCAGGUCGGAAAUGCAAGUUGGUGCAGUGUCCGUUCGUUUCGGCCUCAUACUUGAGGCGUACUGCAGAGGAAGUCAACAGCACAUGCGAUCGUUGUUCAAACAGAUGAAGUGUUUAGACAAAUUGAGGAACGCCUCGGAACAAGCGAAACAGAAGAAGGAUCGUAAGGUGGCUCUUCAGGGCUUCCAAGACUUCAUCCAGGAACCACACUGCCAAGAAGCAUUAUCCGAUAUUCUCAAUCCACUCGAUCCAAGUUUUAGGUGGAAUCGUAUCAAAAUCGAAAAAUGUCGAGUGAUGGAUAGUAAAAUGCGACCACUCUGGUUAGUUUUCGAGAACAGCGAUCCCUUUGGCGACGAUAUCUACUUAAUUCUCAAACACGGUGAUGACUUGAGACAGGACAUGUUGACGCUUCAAAUGCUGCGCAUCAUGGACAAACUGUGGAAGAAGGAAGGCUUGGACUUACGCAUGAAUCCAUAUGGUUGCAUAUCCACGGAAAGCAGGGUCGGUAUGAUAGAGGUGGUGUUGAACGCGGAGACGAUUGCGAACAUUCAGAAAGAAAAGGGCACGUUCUCCGCAACGGCGGCCUUCAGGAGAGGUUCCUUGUUGGCUUGGCUAAAAGAUCACAAUCACUCAGAGGCGGCAUUGAACAAGGCUAUCGAGGAGUUCACUUUGAGCUGUGCCGGCUACUGCGUUGCCACCUACGUUCUCGGAAUAGCCGACAGGCAUUCCGACAAUAUAAUGGUCAAGAAAACCGGUCAACUGUUUCAUGUCGACUUCGGUCAUAUUUUGGGCCACUUUAAAGAGAAAUUCGGAUUCAGACGUGAACGCGUUCCCUUCGUUCUAACCAAUGACUUUGUACACGUUAUAAACAAAGGUCAGACAAAAAAGGGACACGCAGUCGAAUUUCAAAGAUUUCAAAGUCAUUGUGAGCAAGCCUUCCUCGUCCUGCGGCAACAUGGUGGACUUAUACUGUCUCUAUUCGCCAUGAUGAUAUCCACUGGACUGCCUGAACUCUCGUCGGAGAAAGAUCUGAAUUAUCUCAGGGACACUUUGGUUCUAGAGAUGUCAGAAAGUGAAGCACAAAAACACUUUAGAAGUAAGUUUGACGAGGCCCUCUGUAACUCGUGGAAAACGUCGUUAAAUUGGGCGUCGCAUAAUAUGUCCAAGAACAAUAAGACGACGUGAACACUAACACCGUAAUCGUACAGUGCGAUAGGUUAAUUUCCAAUUUAAGGAUCUACGUAACUCGUGGAUGUUGCGGCCACGACGGGUUCUUACCGAUGUCGAGACGUAUGUUCUCGAUUUGCCUGUAAAUAAGUAAGCCACAACAGAGCCGCGAGAUGGUAGAACAAAAGCUGCCGUUUUCGCUACGACCUCAUAGUCGUCAGGGAAUCCGGCGGCCGUAACCAGUAUACUAUUAAGACUGCAUAAAGGGAAGAAACAAAAAGAAGCAAGCGAUCGUCACUAGCGUCAGCGGACGUCGCGUCUGCGGUGCUAUCGAGAGGUGAUCUAGAGAAUAGUAGUUCUAGUGUAUGCGAUAGUUCCGUAACAUUUUUUUUCGGAGUUUUUUUUAGUCGCUAGGCAAGCAGUCUAGGUGCCUACGUUCAUAGUGUAGUACAUUUCUUAACGAUGGACGUACGGUACAUAUCAUCAAACAAGAUUCCGCGCAUUUUUUUACUCUUUGGUUCGCUUGGUCCAAGACAGCGCUCAGAGGAUGCCAUCGAUGUAGAUCGUUUUAUUCUCUUUUCUUUGCGAACUUCACGAUAGUUCGAGGAUAAUUAAACGACAUUGAUUUGCGUGACAAACGCGUGGAGUAUCGUUGAAGCUCCUGAUCCCGCCUGCCGCGGCCAUCUUGAUUCAUGACAUCAGAAGAGAGAAAAUACACGUUAAAUAUUCCUGCAAAAUAUAUCGAAGUAAAAUGAUAUUUGUAAUCGAUCGAACAGAAAAUAGUCCGAACACUCAUCUCUUGUUGUAACAGUCAAUAAAUAGCCGCAAAAUUAACAUGACAAAAUCAUGAGGAAAGGCAGAUUAAAGGGGAAACUUACAUGUCACAUUAAUUUUGCGAUUGUUUGAAUAAAAAGAAGAUGUUAGGGCUAUUUUACAAGCCUGUGAUUGAUUGUAAACGUCAUUUUAUUGAUAUAUCUUUUUAUUUCAACGUUUUGCGAGGAUUUUUAACGUCAUCAAUCAAGAAUACUGUAUAUAUUUUUGGCGUCAUCAAUCAAGAAUACUGCGGCGAGGAGCCUUAAGCCGUGAGAGUUUUACUAUUCUUUCAAUCAGAUCAUUGUACAAAUGAUCGAAUAAAAGGAGACCGAUCUGAAUUGGUACCCUACGCCGUAGAUAUUCUUGUCACAUCACGUUUUCUAACAGAUUGAUUCGUCGAACAUAAUGGAAGAACAGAUGCGCCAUGACGCAUUAGGUGCAUUCAGUACUAACAUCAACCGUUCACUAAGCGCCCAGUGAGCUUUCGGAUUUUAUCGGCUUGUACUUUUAGAUCUUGAUCAAAUCUAGAGAUAUGCACCGACUGAAUCCAAAAGUACGUUUAAUGAGCGCUUGUGUGUAGCACUGAAUUCACGUAUAAUUUAGUCGUACUUUGCAAAGUACUAAGAGUUCGGCGAUCGUAUUCAGUAGCGGACAAUAUAUACGCUUGAUUCCGAUGACAGACAGUGUGAUAAUCCAGAGCAAUAUUUAUCUCGCGAUGCUACACGCGGUCGACACCUUUCCUGGCAAAAGUGUCGCCGGUCGAGAGCGCGAUUGUCUUGGCGCGAGCUCGAUCGAAGUGUGACCGUUAUUAAUUUCUCUCAUUACAAACGAACGCAAUGAUGCGAACACCUGUAAAACUAAUCACCAAUUCGUAUAAAUAUGCCUACCAUAACCGAGAAUAUUUUUCCUACAUGACGUGUAUAUGUACGAAUGUUCAUUUCUUAUUUAAUAUAGAGGAACAACAUUUCAUGCUAGUGACGUUGGGAUUUUCUAUUGUCGUUAUCACGCGUGCCACGCAACUUUUGUAUUAGCUAUAGUCGAGUUAGUAGGGCCCAUGAUAUAUCAGCGCUGUCCUACGCGAAAGCAAAAAGAAAAGAAGAAGAAAUCUUUCCCAGAAAGAAAAGAAGAAACGAUUCUCGAUCGCGAGUACGCGCGCGCUCACGUGUAAGAUAAGGUAAAUGAUCUCUAAUUACGCGAUACAUAGGAGAAGUAAAUGAUGUGGCAGACUGUGCGCCAACGCCGCAUCCAUAUCAUCCUCUUACUGCGUCUCAUUUGCAUAUUAAACAAAAGAAAUUGUUCGAUGAGAACGAAAGAGAAAACUUUAUAGAUAAUAUUAUACAUAUACGUAUAUGAUAUACACACGUAUGUAUCCCCAAUCGAAAAGUCUCGUGCGAAUUUUUGUAUCUCGCGUCGCGUUCGAUUUCACACGACGGAUCCGUGAAACCCCGCCGGCACAGAUAGGGCUGCGAACCGUCAGCGGGGAACCGACAAAGGGAGAGGGAGAGAGAGAGAGAGAGAGAGAGAGAGAGAGAGAAAGAGAGAGAGACACGUCGCGACACACACACACACACAUGUAUCACGACACACACGCACUCAUAUAUAUCAUGGGCACGGUGGUUCAUGCACCGCAUCACGCACAUUUUAAGAUAGGCGUUCGCGCGCGUUCUCGCGUUGUACGUCGUCGUACGAGGAGGAGGACGAUAUAUCGAGCUGUUCGUGCGAUCUCAUCGAGCGUGUUUUCCACUAUCGGGCAAUAAUCGCGCGUGCCGCUUUCACCACUGUUUCCUUUCUCUACCGUUGAAUAAUUUGUAUCUUUUUUUUUUCUUUUUUUUGUAAGGAUAUCGAAAUAUAUAAUUUUGUACAAUACAUACGUAGGUCUGUAUCGGUCAGUGUCUGUUGUAAAUAAAAUCACUUUCGAAA